AUGUCUACUAAUAAAACCAAUUGUCCAAAAACCACACGACUCAAACAGGCUCCGCCCACUUUCAUACCGGAACAAUAUCCGUCAUCAGGAAGUCCACAAAAACCUCCUCCACAAAUUCGUUCAUUCGAAGCUCCGCCCCCUUCUUCUCAUCCAUGGCUCCGCCCACUUCCACAGCCACGUGGCAACCCGAACAACAGAGGAGAUUGUACUAGAAGACAUGGAAAUGCAACGUCUUCUGGUUUCUCAUCAUCGUCACGUCAUCAUCAGAAUGUGCCGCCACGUGGACCGAUGAUGUUGCCACGUGGCGAUCGAAGAGAGUUUCCACCGAAUGAGCAACACAUGAGAGAAUUGAAUCGAACAUUGAAACGAUUCUCAUAUGGAACUGAGGAUAUGUAUCAAGAAGUACCACUACCGGCGGUCCCAAAAGCGAUUCCCCGAGUGCCGAAAAACAAAGCGUACGUCUUCACGAAAACGACGUUUUACGACGGGAAUGGAGUGGAAAUUGGGAAAAAAUCGAUUUCACAAAUUUAUGAUUUAUUGGAAAACCAUCAAAUGAUCAUGAUCGAUUGGGACGAGGAUUUGAAGCUUCUUUGA